GCCGUUUCACGAAAGCCUCUUAGCGCUACGACCUCCUAAACCACGUCGUAAAGCACCUCUUAAAUAUUUGUGCCGUUUCACAAAGACCUCCUAACUUUACACCCCACCGUAAACAACCUCCUAACCUACGAUAGGUAUGGGGCACUUGUAACUAGCUUACGACAUCCUAAGUCAGCGUCUAAUAUGGCGACACUAUUGAGAAUUAAAGAAAUUUUGAACAGGAGAAACAUUAGGCGAGAGCGAAUAUUCAGGGAUAGGACUGAAGUGUUGGAUACUUUGACCGACACGGAACUGAUUGCCAGGUAUCGCUUUCCUCGACACACCAUCCUACAGCUGGUUGAUCGGGUCAGCGCGGAGAUCUCUCGGCCGACCCAACGUUCGUGUGCCUUACCUGUCCAUGUGCAGGUGUUAGUAACGCUUAGAUACUUUUCAAAAGGGGGAUUCCUAAGUGAAUUAGGAGAUAUACAUGGUAUUGCCAAAUCAAGUGUUUGUCGCGUGUUGGAAAAGACGACAGAUGCAAUCGUAAAGUCGUAUGACUUGAUCCGGUUUCGAACGCCCGACAAACACGCUAAACUAGCGGAGGAUUUCUUCCACAUCUGUGGUUUUCCGAAAGUUGUUGGCUGCAUAGAUUGUACUUUGAUACCCAUUCAACGACCAGCAUUAGAUGAAGCAGUAUAUAUGUGCAGAAAAGGAUUCCACGCCAUCAAUGUGCAAGCUGUGUGCGACGCCCAACUCCGAUUCACAAACAUUAUUGUCCAAUGGCCAGGAUCAACCCAUGAUUCACAUAUUUUCAACAACUGCAAUUUGAAAAGGCAUCUGGAGGAAGGGAAAUAUGACAUCUGGCUUCUUGGUGAUUCAGGGUAUGCCUGUAGACCCUACCUCCUGACACCUGUCAACAACCCUGCAAAUGAAAAAGAGGAGAAAUACAACCGCUGUCAUAUUGGAACAAGGAACUCAGUUGAGAGGGCAUUUGGAUUGUGCAAAUCUAGAUUCAGGUGUCUACACAAAACGACAGGAUGCCUGUUAUUCAGCCCACAGAAGAGCAUCAAAAUUAUUACUGCCUGCUUUCAACUUCAUAAUUUGGCAAUAUUACUGAGGUUGCCUGAGCCUGAUGUUCUUUGUGAGAAUCCUGGACCAGAGGUGGACAGCAGUCCUGCUGAUAACCACAACAUGGAUGGAUGUAGAGUCAGGGGAAAUCUUAUCAACUCUAGGUUUUAAAUGAGGGCCAGGCUCUGUCUUUGGAUGUCACGGAUGUCCCGCUGCACAGACAGAAUUUCCUCAAGGAGAGACAUCUUUCUC